UGUGGUCCCGUGACUAAUUUCAUUUGAAUUUGAGCACAAACCUCUAGAUGUUUCCUGUUUCGAGCUACCCCUCCACUGAAGCUCGGAGUGGAUGGUAGAAAGUACACGCUUUACCGUUGAGUACGUUUCCCAUAGUUGAGUCAAACUCACCGGAUUUUGUCCUCGUUUUUUUACCGACACAUUCAUUUGCCUUCAGCGCGACACGUCAUUGGAGUUAGUUGGAGCAGUGAACCAGGAUGGGGAUGGUCCAGUCGUCAAUGUGAGCUCUGUCCAGGACCGGACGCUGUGUAGGAGUGCUGAGGGGCUUGACCUGUUGACCCUUAAACCUCUGAACUCUGACCGCUCCAGCUCAGGAUGGAGGAGCAGUCCAGCUGCCCCAAUGUCAGCAUUCCCUGCUACCCCAAUGUCAGCAUUCCCUGCUACCCCAAUGUCAGCAUUCCCUGCUACCCCAAUGUCAGCAUUCCCUGCUACCCCAAUGUCGGCAUUCCCUGCUACCCCAAUGUCAGCAUUCCCUGCUACAAUGAGCAGAGGGACAAGAAGAAGCGCUACACUGUUUACAAAGUGAUGGUCAAUGUAGGAAGACAUGAGUGGUUUGUCUUCAGGCGAUACGCAGAGUUUGACAAGCUCUACAACACAUUGAGGAAACAGUUUCCAUCUUUGAACUUGAAAAUCCCACCCAAGAGAAUAUUUGGGGACAACUUUGACCCAGAGUUUAUCAAGCAAAGAAGAACAGGUUUACAUGAGUUCAUUCAGAGACUGGUCUCACAUCCUCAGCUCAGAAACCAGCCUGAUGUCAGAGCAUUCCUGCAGAUGGACAAAUCUCAAAACUUCUCAGACCCAUCAGAAGACGAAGAUGACAAGAACGGCUCUACCUCCAGAAAUAUUAACCUGGGACCGUCUGGAAAUCCACAUGCAAAGCCCACAGACUUUGACUUUCUCAAAGUCAUUGGAAAGGGGAGCUUUGGAAAGGUUCUCCUUGCUAAACGGAAACUGGACGGAAAGUAUUACGCAAUCAAGGUCCUGCAGAAAAGGGUCAUCCUCAACAGGAGAGAGCAAAAACACAUCAUGGCAGAGCGCAAUGUGCUACUGAAGAACAUGAAACACCCUUUCCUGGUUGGCUUGCAUUAUUCCUUCCAGACGACUGACAAGUUGUACUUCGUCUUGGAUUUUGUCAACGGGGGAGAACUCUUCUUCCAUCUUCAAAAAGAACAGACCUUUCCGGAACCCAGAGCCAAGUUCUACAUCGCAGAAAUGGCAAGCGCACUGGGCUAUCUGCAUUCUCUUAAUAUAGUUUACAGGGAUUUGAAGCCAGAAAAUAUCCUUCUUGACUCUGAAGGACAUAUAGUUUUGACUGACUUCGGGUUGUGCAAGGAAGGCAUUUCCCAAGCCGAGACGACAAGCACAUUUUGUGGGACACCCGAGUACCUAGCUCCAGAGGUCCUGAGGAAACAACCGUAUGACAACACAGUGGACUGGUGGUGUCUGGGAUCAGUGCUCUAUGAAAUGCUCUUUGGCCUGCCUCCGUUCUACAGCAGAGACACCCAUGAGAUGUAUGACAACAUCCUUCACAAGCCCCUGAUGAUGCGUCCCGGAGCGUCAAACACGGCCUGGUCCCUCCUGCAGGCUCUACUGGAGAAGGACGGCACACACAGACUGGGCUCCAGAGAUGAUUUUAAUGAGAUUAAAGCGCACUACUUCUUCUCAGAGAUCAACUGGGAUGACCUGGAACAGAGGAAGGUUCCACCUCCAUUCACUCCCAAUGUGAAUUCUCCUCAUGACAUCACAAACUUUGAUCCAGAAUUCACAGGCGAGACUGUUACGCACUCUGUGUGCUAUACUGAAGAUUCCAUAGUCAACGCCAUCGUGAUGGAGGCUGACGAUGCCUUCCUAGGUUUCUCCUAUGCACCACCCUCAGAUGACUCCUUUCUAUGAAAGACUCGCUGUGAGUCCCUGCCCCAGAGUUCUGUGAAAUUGCCUUAACUCCGUGUUCUUCCAUCGUGGUCCUGUUGAUCCACAGGGUAUGCAGGCUUUUGUUCCAACCCAGUAGAGCUUGUCGAUUAGUUUAAUCAUGUGUGUUAGUGCUGGAAGGAAGGCCUGCCCACCCUGCUGGUCUCCAGGAUCAGGACUGAAGAACAGUGCCUUAACCUGUCCAGAUUCUUUUGAAUAAAAGGGAAUUCCUACUGUGGAUGAACCUGUAAAGCGAACAGAAGUUGUGAUCAGACAGCACUUAUGAAUAUGGUUUGGGCUGCAGUGUGUCAAGAAAUCUUUAUUUUUACCUAAUUAUAUUUAUAUAACAAUAUAUUUUUAAGAAAUGUAGGCCAUCUUUCUUGACACGUAUUGUUUGUUGGCUUAUGUUGAUCCACAAAGUGGUGUCAAUGUUGGUCCUUUUGUUUGAAGAAAAGAUAAACAUUCAGUGUCUUUUCAGGAUGGGAUGGGUAAAACUAAUCCCCAAAAUAAAAUCCCAGUUUAGAACUAGAAUCCUUCAUUAAAACAAUACCAAGACAUUGUGCUCUCCACUUCUCUCUACAAAGCUACGGGAUGGUGCUGGAGAAAUGUAACCGCUUUCAAAUUCAUAAACAGCUAUGGAUACAAGGACUGACCAUCCAUGAUAUCAAAUGUAUAGUUUUGAGGCUAUACAGUGUUUUUUACAUACAUUGUUUACAAACUUAUUUUGGGUUCUAAUGGGUACAACAGGUGAACUAAGCUCAUGAUGCAUUCGUGAGUUAUAUUCUUCAAUAAUCAAUGGGUAUAUACAUUGAGUGGACAAAGCAUUAGGAACAUCUGCUCUUUCCAUUACAAACUGACCAGGUGAAUCAAGUUGAAAGCUAUGAUCUCUUAUUGAGGUCACUUGUUAAAAUCCACUUCAAUCAGUGUAGAGGAAGGGGAGGAGACAGGUUAAAAAAUGAUUUUUGGGCCUCAAGACAAUUGAGACAUGGAUUGUGUCCCAUUCAGAGGGUGAAUUGGCAAGACAAAAUAUUUAAGUGAACGGGGUAUAUGCCUUUGAACGGGGUAUGGUAGUAGGUGCCAGGCGGACCGGUUUGAGUAGUGUCAAGAACUACAACGCUACUGGGUUUUUCACGCUCAACUGUUUUCCGUGUGUAUCAAGAAUGGUCCACCACCCAAAGGACAUCCAGACAACUUUACACGACUGUGGGAAGUGUUGACGUCAACGUGGGCCAGCAUCCCUGUGGAACACUUUUGACACCUUGUAGUGUCCAUGUCUUGAUGAAUUGAGGCUGUUCUGAGGGGAAAAGGUGGUGCAAAUCAGUAUUAGGAAGGUGUUCUGAAUGUUUUGUACACUCAGUGUAUAUACCCAUUGAUUAUUGAAGAAUAUAACUCACGAAUGCAUCAUGAGCUUAGUUCACCUGUUGUACCCGUUAGAACCCAAAAUAAGUAUGGAGCAACUAAGGAUUCUAGCUUUAAAAGUGUAAGUGAGGAAUGAAACCACUUCCUCAAUCAUUUCUGUUCCACUUUAAAAACAGACUGUGGCCUUAAUGAAAUGACAGUGAACAUAUUAUAUUCUCUCAGAAGAACAGCUGAAAGGAAUUGUGUUUUGUCUCUUCUCUCUUUAAAAGAUUGCUUAUCUUAGUUCAUUUUUUUUCUCAAUGGGGGAAUACUUGAGAGGUCACAGAAUAGAGUCUUGACAAAGGUCAUUUCAAAGGUCAUUUCAGUUCAUAUUUUGAUGAAGUUCAUAGACCUUUUCUGUGAUGGCUCCAUCCAUGACUUUACCUUGCAAACAGAUGCUGAGCCAUCUGAUUGCUUUCUAGCUAUGUUGGUUGCUUGCCUGUCUGUAUUAUAGCUUACAUCUCUUAAUCUUGCUUUAAUUGACACUCAGAUAUGACUCAAAUCCUCAACCACCAUCAUUUUGGGUUUUCACACAAUUUCUAGGUAGUGAGUGUGGUCAACAGUCCUCAUUGUUCAAUAUAAUGCUUUAGAUGAGAAGUCCUGUACACAAAAUAAGAAUGAAACAACUAUGUAGUGUGUUUUAGGAUGUACAGUGUAUUCGGACGCCUUGACUUUUUCCACAUUUUGUUACAUUACAGCCUUAUUAUAAAAUUGAUUAAAUAAAAAAUACCCCAUAAUAGCAAAGCGAAAACAAAUUUUGUUUUGUUGACAUUUUUGCAAAUGUAUUAAAAAGAAAUAAACAGAAGUAUUCUGACCCUUUGCUAUGAGACUCAAAAUUGAGCUUAGGUGCAUCCUGUUUCCAUUCAUCAUCCUUGAGCUGUUUCUACAUUGGAGUCCACUUGUGGUAAAUUGAAUUGUUUGGACAUGAUUUGGAAAGGCACACACCUGUCUAUAUGGUCCCACAGUUGACAGUGCUUGUCAGUAGAAACCAAGCCGUGGGGUUAAAGGAAUUGUCCAUAGAGCUCUGAGACGGUUGUAUCGAGGCACAGAUCUGGGGAAGGGUACCAAAACAUGUCUGCAGCAUUGAAGGUCCCCAAGAACACAGUGGCCUCCAUCAUACUUAAAAGGCAGAAGUUUGGAACCAAGACUCUUCCUAGAACUGGCUGCCCAGUCAAACUGAGCAAUCAGGGGAGAAGGGCCUUGGUCAGGGAGGUGACCAAGAACCCGAUGUUCACUCUGAAAGAGUUUUAAUCAAUUUUAGAAUAAGGCUGUAAAUGUAACAGAAUGUGGAAAAAGUCAAUGGGCCUGAAUACUUUCUGAAUGCACUGUAUAUGGAGAUGGGUGACUUGGCUGGUUGUCUUGUCUGUACUUUACAGACGCGCGCAGUUCUUAUGUUCAGGUGGCCGGCGGCUGCGACUGUCAGGUGCAGGUCCCGUGCUAGCUACUGAGGUCUCUGUGGCUGAAAGCUGUAGGUAACUGGCUUAGCUAGUUUGUCAGUAACAGAACAUUUCAAAUGUUCUAUUGAAAGAGUCCGUUUUGUCUUUAGACAUUUAGUGGAGCUCUUCAACUUGCUGAAGACUGCAAACCAAUGUAAGUUUAGUGGUAGGCUAGCCAUCGAGAGCUUUCAAUGAGCCGUCAGUGUGGUCCAGAGGGGGUAACCUAGGCAACCCUGUAUCCACGGGAAUGUGGUGACGUGAGUAGCAGACCUUCAUAGAUGACAUAAAUAACUGAUGGUUAUAUCUGUCCAAUUUGAUUUAGCUAUAUAUUAUAAAGUCAACUAAUAUCACCCAAAUUCAUAUUCCCUUCAGAUCCCUAGCAGAGUGAGGCUGUGUGUCUGUUCUGUAUCAGUGUGAACCGUUCUGACCUAAUGGAACUGGAUCCUAGAUUGGGUGACUGUGCUCCGUGACCCCUCAAAGCUACGGCACUAUCUCAGUCAGUAAGUCCAAAACAUCUCCCAUUACCCUAUUCAAAUCUUGAAUUUGGAACAUACCCGAAUUGACGUUUUGUGUCACUCCCCAUGAGAUUUGUUGUCUCUCGUAGAGAAAAUACACUCAAAGUCAGGCGAAUGUGAUCCUGAAGUUUACACACCUCCCUCCGUUCCCUGAGGACACCCUGGAUCUCUUGAGUUUCCCCGUGGUUCCAUGUGCUGGGAGGUGAGACUGAUGCCACUAAUUGGCUCUGUCCCUGAAUGAUAUCUGAUGAAGUAGCCUCACAUGCCAUGCUUACAUGUAGCUGUUGUUUAAAUACAAUACGGGUUUGAAACCGACAAGCAUCUGGUAGAGCUUAUGUCAAAGCACUGGAUGUCCUGAAAGUCCAUCCUCCCAGGCCCUCAGGUACCAGUCUGCCACCCUGUUUCUCAGAGGUAGGUUCACAUUCUGCUAAAUGUAUCAUAAUGGUAAUUUUGCCCAAACAUUUUGUAAUGUGCAUGUACAGCCCAGUACAUCACUGGGGCCAAGCUUCCUGCCAUCCAGGACCUAUAUACCAGGCGGUGUCAAAGGAAAGCCCCAAAGUUGACAUUGACCCCCCCCCCCCCCCCUUGUUUUUACACUGCUGCUACUCUCUGUUUAUCUAUGCAGGCACUUUACCCUUACAUACAUGUACAAAUGACCUUGACUAACCUGUGCCUCUGCACAUUGACUUGGUACCGGUACCCGCUGUAUAUAGCAUCUUUAUUGUUCUACUUUUUUGCUGUUGACACUUUCGUUUAUUUAUUAAAUAUUUUCUUAACUCCA